AAUUCAGCGUCAGCGUUGCUGUGCACAGGUCUUGGGUGUGUGUGUGUGUGUGUGUAGGAUCGCUGGCUCACACACCGUCCUGCAGUCUCUGCUAAGACAGCUGCACCACUGAGAGUGAGAACAGCGAGAUCCGGCGGUGCUGCAGAGCACAUACACGCACAAGAAGACUGUACUCGCGCACACAUCGUGCAGGGAGCACUGUGACUGCUCUUUCUCUGCUGUGGCUCUGUGUGGGUCAUUUUCUCAUACCACAACUCUCUCUCUCUCUUUCUCUCUCUCUCUCUCUAUCUCUCCAUCUUAAACACAUAUCACCUCCCUUCCUCUUCAUCCUUCUGAAUUCCUUCUCAUUCUUCCCCCCAUAAUCCACCACAUUUCAUCAAGCAAGCCCCCCCACAUCUCUCCUCAACCCCUGCAGAGACCGGGCUUAAGGGAAGAUGUCUGAGGCUGGACCCAGGAGGGUUUUGAGGUGGCCUGGCUGGACUCUGCCCAUGGCCACCUCUCUCUGCCUGCUGCUGCUGUGUGUGCUGUGCCUGGCCGAGGGGCGCCGGGCACCCAAAAUCCCCCGCUGCCCACCCACCUGCUCCUGCACCAAGGACAGCGCCUUCUGCGUGGACACCAAAGCCAUCCCCAAGAGCUUCCCACCUGGCAUCAUCUCACUGACGAUGGUGAACGCUGCCUUCACUGAGAUUCCUGAGGGGGCGUUCUCUCACCUCCACCUGCUGCAGUUUCUUCUGUUAAACUCCAACACAUUCUCCCUGAUUGCUGACGACGCCUUCGCUGGCCUCUCUCACUUGCAGUAUCUGUUCAUUGAGAACAAUGACAUCCAGGCACUGUCCAAGCACACUUUCAGAGGCCUGAAGUCACUAACACAUCUAUCUUUGUCUAACAACAACCUGCAGGUUUUACCCAGAGAGCUCUUCAAACACCUGGACAUCCUCACUGACCUAGACCUGCGAGGGAACUCGUUUCGCUGUGACUGUAAGAUCAAGUGGCUGGUGGACUGGAUGGAGAAGACCAACACCUCUGUUCCAGCUAUAUACUGCGCCAGUCCAUUUGAGUUCCAGGGCCGACGCAUCCAUGACCUAACGCCACGAGACUUCAACUGCAUUAGUGCGGAUUUUGCGGUGUAUGAGACCUACCCAUUCCAGUCCCUAUCCGUGGAGUCCUAUGAGUUUAAUGAUGACCUCUAUGUGGUGUUCGCUCAGCCAAAUACAGGAAUCUGCACCGUUUUCAUCUGGGAUCAUGUGAACAUGCUUUUCAAGAGCGAUUACAACAUAACAUCUCGAUCUGCGGUGUACUGCAAGCCUGUGGUUAUCAACAACACCCUCUACAUGGUUGUAGCCCAACUCUUUGGAGGAUCUCAUAUCUAUAAGUGGGAAGAAGGGCCUUUGCGCUUCGUCAAAAUCCAGGACAUCGACACCACUCGUGUACGCAAACCCAACUUCAUCGCCACCUUCCAGAUCGAGGGGGACUGGUACUUCGCAGUGGUGGACAGCUCCAAGGCUGGCUCCACCAGCAUCUACCGCUGGAACAGCAACGGCUUCUACUCCCACCAGUCCCUCCACCCAUGGCACCGCGACACCCACAUCGAGUUCCUGGAGGUUGACGGCAAGCCCCGCCUCAUUCUCUCCAGUGCCUCGCAGCCCCCGGUGGUGUACCAGUGGAAUCGCAACCUGCGUCAGUUCGCCUACCACUCCCAGCUCACGGACACGGGUGACGUUCAGAUGGUGAAGCACUUCUGGGUGCGCAAGUCACUCUACCUGUGCCUCACACGCUUCAUAGGAGACUCCAAGAUCCUGCGGUGGGAGAGCCAACGUUUCGUGGAGAUCCAGACCCUGCCGUCCCGUGGGUCAAUGGCCGUUUACCCCUUCACCGUGGGAAUCAGGCAGUACCUGCUGCUGGGAAGCGAUUACUCCUUCUCCCGUGUCUACCUGUGGGAUGACCUCACCCAGAGGUUCCAACCCUUCCAAGAGCUUAACAUGUUAGCGCCACGCGGCUUUAGCUUGGUCUCCAUCGACAACAAGGACAUCCUACUUGCUGCCAGCUUCAAGGGGAAGACCAUGGCCUAUCAGCACCUAGUGGUGGACCUCAGUGCCAAGUAGACCAUUUUAUGAUAUUCCCAUCCUGGUGGGGCAAGUUCUUGGAAGAUCAGUGGGUUUGCUGGCUUCUGUCAUGUUUUGGUGUAAUGUACAUGUAAUGACUUGGAAGUUGUAGUUUGGCAACAUAUCAGAUUUACACAUUUUCCCCCUUCUUCCAAAUCCAGUCAGUCAGCCAAGACUUAUUUGGUAUCUGAAGUCUGCUUUGUUAAUUUUGCACUGUAUCCACCAGUUAGCAUUGUGCAUAGUGUGGGUAUAAAUUCUCACUGUCAGAUAGGCUUGCUAAUGUGGUUUCUGACACUGCAUUAUGUACUGCAUAAUAAAAAUCAACCUUUUCUCUCCCUAUACAGAUUCUGAUAUCUGAAAACAGGAUAUUGGCCACAUAACAAUCCUGUACUAGCGCUCUGUUAAAAUAUGCAUGUCUGUAGCAAAGUACAUAAACAUAAAUAUACACUCCUGGGCAAAAAAAUGGGUCAAGCCCAAAAUCUAACAUUUGAAGAAAUCAAAGGGAAAAGUUGUCCCAUAUUAAGUUACUUUAUCUUCUAUCACCUAUCAAAUUUCUUCAAAUGCAAAUCAUUAGACAGCUCAACAUGCUUGGAGGAGAACACUAAUUGCCAGUUCUAAUGGGGGGAGACAGAAGGCCAAACUUGAAAGAGCAAGGCCAAUUAUAUUCUUUUGGACUCCUAGCCACAGAUGGCUGUGGCAUCACUGGGAAUUGGUAGGGCUAACCUAAUAAUAAAAGUAUUAUUUACUGUGCAGCCCUACUAAACAGUAUGUCAAACCAUGUCAGAAACCACAAAACAAGUCUAUUUGCAAUUACUUAACAAUCUGACAUGGUCUGAGGUAAAUGGUGAUUCUCAGAGACCACGUCUUAGCUGACCAACUAUAUUUUUGGUAAGAAAAAUGAUGUAGAUUUGAUUUUAUGCCUAACUACUGCUUUAGGCCUACUUGCCUGGUUUCCUGUAACAUUUGUCAUUUAAACAUGAACAUUUCUCCAAGUAGUGUGCCAAGUUAUUCACCUGCCCUUCAGAGGUGGACAAAUCUGUUCUGGAUAUCAGCUCAUCAGUGGAUAAAAUUCAAGAUGCAAAAACAAUGUCUGUAUGUAUGAUCUGCCAUUUUUCACCAUGAACCAAACUGUCCAUACUUCUUUAUUCAUCUACUGGAAACAAAUCAACUGGACUGUGCAGGAAAUACAGUUACGACUGUUUACAACAGAUCAAGAUAAAGUAUCGGAAUGGUCCUACCAAUUAGGAUUUAAACCCGUAUCAGUGCUUUGUACCACACAUAUGUUUUGCUACAUAGCAUCCAACUUUAUUUCACUGUAUUCUAGAUUAUAAUUCAGCUUAAACUGUAUCUUUUCUACAAACCUGAUAACAUCACCCAUGUAAACUGCAGUAUUAAUGGCUAUAUUCAGAAUGAGAUUUUAUACUCUGUACUAUAAGAGCUGGAAUGCAUGCAGAUAUAUAGACUGUUAUAGAAACAAAGCUUUGCUUAUUGACUUUCUCAGUACAGAUAGCUCAGUAAUAACUAUUCUGUUUUCCAUUUUUCAUCCUCCGUCUCCAGUUGUUGUGUUACACAAUGAUUUCCGCCCCCACACAAUGAAUCCCACCCUUGUUUACAUCACCAAUAUUGUUAUAUUGUAAAAUUCAGACUCACUGUUGCUGCAAAGUUGCAUCAUUCUGUGCUCUGAAAAUGCUUAAACGUAGCUUCUCUUCUGGCUGUGUUUGACUGAGCAUGUAGGUUUAUAAUGUGGAACCUUAUAUAACUAACUUAAAUUUCAUAAACGUUUAUCAUCAGUAGUAAAUUGACAGACUGAAUUUAUACAAUGCUUUCUCACCACAAUAUCAUAGUUCUGUUUUUGAUACAUAAACACAUCUUCAGUGAGUGUGAUUUUGUUUCUGGUGAUUUCCACUUCAUAAGGUUUUUCACAGAGUUUUUUCACUGUUGGAGAUUUAUGAAGAUAAAAAUAGAAAAAAAAAAGAAAGUUGUCUCUUGAUGCAUCUCUUAUGUGUCUUUUAUCAUCCAUUCACCUUCUCUAAGCUCAUUCUCAGGAUUUCAAUUAUAAUAACUGUAUUUUUAAAAUACCCCUGAUCUGUCUUGGUGAAACUGCUGUUUACAAAG